AUGUCUGUGAUAGUAGCUGUAUGUUGUGUUGUUAUCCUAGUAUCCUGUAUAACUAUAUUCCUUAUUUGGAAAAGAAGACAGAAGAAGAAAAGGUUAGAACAUCUUCAAUAUCGUCUCUCCGACUCCGGCAACUUUGAUUAUUAUCCAACCCGGAGACUAAACAAGUACUACUCAGAUACCUCGAUACGGAACCAGAUGGAGGAUUGCGGAGUAUUCUAUACUGGAUCUCUCCACCCUGUCUAUGAGGAGAUCCCUACUCCAGUAGAGGGAGAGUAUCAGCUCCUUAACUCCGAGUACUCAACUCUACCCUUCUCAGAAACAUAUCCGAUCAUACCGGAGAAUAUGAUUAGUUUAAUCCCACGACAAGAAUAUACAACCUUGAAAUCAGGGUUCAGUGGCUCCGGGAGCAAGCCUGGAUUUAACUCCGGGUUCCGGGGUGGUAGUAGAUCGGAAUUUAGCUGCUCCGGCAACAAAUCUUUCACAGUGUUUCAGAGCAAACCUGGGAAACAAAGCAAUGCAAGAACUUGUCAGAAACCCCGGAUUGUUGCAGGUUCCGGCGGAGUUUUUAUACCUAGAGACAGGGUGAGAGGGGGAGGGAUUCGAACCCUGGAUACACGUCUCCAGGCUCCGGGUUCAUGUGAUAGCCUAACAUAUCAAACCCCGCAAACACGGAUCAAUCAAUGUGAUUUUCUGCCCCGAGAGGCCUGGACAGAUUUCGCCGAGUGCUCGGCGGAUUGGAUUGAAGGUGAUCCGCUCCGUGAUUCAGGGUUUAGGUCUGGAGCCUCCAGGACCUCUGGUUCUAGAAUACGAAGCCAGGUUAGAUCCAGGGAUGCAUCUCCUAACCGGAGAAGAAUGCAUUCUCAGGGCCGGGAGAUAUCUCCGGCGUGCAAUAGUUUAGAGUCUAGUGAUGUUACAAUAUCAACCUCCAGUAGUGAAACAUAUCCUAAGUCUGGUUCCAAUGAUCCUGGAGCUUUCUCCGAGGAGAAGUUAGCAAACCUACCUUUACCGGAGCUUUAAACCCAACCUGCAUCCUUAUAUUCUGCUUUGACACUUUACCCAAGAAGAGUGGUUCUAGAACUGUUCUCCAGAUACCAGUUAAACCUUACACCUAGUCCAACCUGAUAUACCUGUGACAGUUGAUGGAAAACUAGUCCAGAGUCAGUGACAAUCCUGCAGGAUUAACCCAAUCCUCUUCAAUAUUUGUGAAUUUAGCCUAAUCCCUUCGGAUUAAUCCAGUAUUCCUUUUUUGGUGUCUUGCUUUUGAAUAAGUUUAAGAUUUCAUUUUAGAAUCAAAAUCUUCAUUUUUUUGUCCUUCAAUCUUUAGGAGAAAACUAGAAACUGCAAGAUUCUAAAUCUUUCAAACAAAGAAUAUAUAUCUGAUUUUAUUCUAUAAAACUCUUAAUCAAACCUUGAUCAAAUCUUUAACUUGAGUUUCAAAACUAGAAAAAGAUAAGCUGAUUUAAAGUUGAAAUUUUUAAUUUUUCCUGUUCUUAAAGGAAGAAAAAAGUGUUGAAGGAAAAAAUGUGGUAAAUUACAACAGUGUAAACUUGUGAGUGUCAAGGAUUGAGAUCAAAUAUUACCGCGUAAUCGUAUAUUUAUAAAACUAUACAUCCGUUAAUUCAUCCAGUUUAAAUAUUUUAGAAUAAACCAUACAACCCUUA